AUGGCAUCUUCAUCUUCAUCAUCUUCACCAUACUCAUCAUUACCUGUAGCAUACUCAUAUUGGCCUUUUAUGUUUGAUUAUGUCGAAGUGACUAUGCCUCCUCCUGAUUGGGACACUAUUGCUCUCGUUGGUUGGUUUAUGAUGCAAAGUGCUGUGACCUUUUUGGCUCAUGCCACUCAUAUUCAAUUUCUUACCCUCCUCUUUCCAUCGUCACUUGAACGAAAACUCAUCAUAGCCUUCUUAGGACCACUCUGUGUAUUCGCCUCAGCCAUGUAUUUUACCAACUUUCUACCGGAUCCAAACAUGCAGGAUCUAGGUGAUGCGAUCAGGAAUACGGCUACUUCAACUUUAUCUUUACUUUAUACUUCAGGAUUAUUGAUUUGGGGAUGUGCAGUGAAUCGAAAACGAGCAUGGGAUCAAGAAGGUGGUACGUUUGGUUUUGGAGUGAUUUCCAUCACCUUGGCAUUUAUUGGAACAGCUACGAAUUUUGUUGAAGUGAAAGAGGAUCGAUUGAGAUGGUUACCUUGGUUGGUGAAUACAGUUUUACUUUGGCAAUCUUGGACGGGAUUUUGGUGGUGGGUUGGAGCUGGGAUGUGGACAGGUGAAGUGGUUGAUUUGGAAAUGAGAGAAGAGAGACAAAGGAGAAGAGAAGAGAAGAGGAUAAAGAAAAAGGCAAAGAUGUUGAAUAUCUUGAUACCUAAAUCUCAAUCAAAUCUCGCCGUUGGCACUCGAGCUGAUCCGACUAGUACGGCUGAUAAUGGUCCUAAAGUCAACAGCAGUCCGAUCUCCUCACGCACAUCUGUCUUCUCGACAAGACGUAGACGUCGAGGUUUGGGUACUGAUCAUACCAGGACCAAUGAAGAUAGCGAGAUCGAGAUGGACAAUCUUGAGCUUACUAGAGUCGAUUCUCGAAAUCCGAAUGCAGCCUCAUCAUCAGUUCCUCAACGAACACAUACAGCUCCAACGGAGAUCUCAUCCUCAUCACCAUCUAACGAUAGCAGUCAUGGAAUCCUCUCAGCAUUCAAUAUGCCUGAUUUUAUUGAUCGUUGGUUUGGAAGGCUCAGUGCAGCACACAAUGCAGCAGCCAAAAAACAAGCCAGGACAGCAGGGGAGAUGAGACAGACUGAACAAGUGAAGAAGUGGGGGAUUGGAGCGAUGACCGAACGAGUGAUUAGCGAACAAUCUAGAAGGUCUUCAGCCGUACCUAAUUUAUCAGGUCAUUCACGAAGUUCGAGAGCAGCAAGGGAGAAAGAAGAUGAGGACGAGGAAGAAGAUGAGGAUGGAUGGAUCAGUGAUCGAGAACGAGAAGCUGGACCUAGUGGUAGCUGUCAUCAGCAGAGGAUAGAACACCGACAAGGGUUUGGAGAUCCUCCUGAUCUAGACGAAGAAAGACGAAAUCGAAAUCGAAAUCGAUCCGAAUCAAAAUCUUGGAAAGAUAGAUUAAUGAAAGCUAGGUUAAGGGAUGUGACACAUUAUGAUUGAAAUUUCAAACCAAUCUGAUCUGAAGAAUGUUGAUCUUUUAACAAUUUCUUUUUUUCUUUUGCCCUUCUUCUUUUUGUAUGUGAUGAUCUUAGGAAAGUUCUCUGUUCAAAAAUUCUUUUUUUUUUCUUUCAAAAAAGUUCAAAGUGAUUAUCUUUUACAUCAUAUUCAAAACAAUUAACCUUUUUUGGAUUUUAAGAUCAAGAUCAUGGUAUGUAGUUUGUAAUUAUCUGUUUGUUUUGCUUUAGUUAUAUCUAGAUUAGUAUAUAUAUAUAUUAUAUAUAUAUUAUAUAUGAAUUAUCACAUGCUUUGUAUAAGUUUAUAUUUUGAGGACAUGAUUUGUUGAUUAUCAUAAAUUGUUUGAUAUAGACCUGAUUAGUUUAUGAUUGAUUGAUUGAUUGAUGUGAAGUAAGGGUGAAUCAAGAUUGUUGUAAUAAAUAGGAAUAGUGUUGGAUGAGUCAUGAUGUAUUGCGCAAUAAUCAAAGUGUAC